AUGACAAGCAUGUUGAGUAAGAAUGUCUCCAAGCUAUCCAGAAUGCGGCCACUUUUAAGCCCAGCGAGGAGAACGUUCUCUGAAGUAUCAACUGAUGUGAAGCAGCAGAUUGAGGCGAAGCCGAAGAAAAAGGCUCCACUUGGUUCGCGACUUCGAAGUUUCAUCGCAGGCUUCACUGUCGCGGGUACAUUGUCCGGCUAUGCCCUCUAUUAUAAGGUGCAGUGGGCGAAUGAAGAGCUCGCAGCUAUGGUCAGAGAAACAGCUGCGCGACAGGCCCAGAUCGAGAGGCGCCUCAGCCAAUUGGAUGGCCGAUGA